UGGGGGGAAUGAGCUUCAAGAAGAAAUAGAUGUAGUGCAUAACUUCUUCAACAGCCAAUUUGUUUCAAGUACAUACCCAGUGAUAUACCGCGACCAUGACGACCCUUUUUACAGUUCCAAUUUCGUCUACCGGCGGAAGCUUCGUCUGCUCCAACCCUACAACUUCGGAGAAGGAGAAGAAUAUUUACCUACUCACCUUUACAUCUCCGAAGGACAACAGACUUACCCCGACAUUCAUAGAUGCCUUUAUACUUGCAUUGGACAUUAUCGAGCACAGAUACCCCAAAGGCGUGGUGAUUACCACCAGUGGCAUCCCCAAGUUCUAUAGUAAUGGACUAGAUCUCGAGCUUGCCCUCAGCACGGAGGGCUUUUUGGAUCAGUGGUUGUGGAAGCUGUUCCGCCGAUUCCUGACAUAUCCCAUGCCUACUAUCUGCCUCUUGAACGGACACGCCUUUGCUGGCGGCCUCAUGCUGGCCAUGUAUCACGACUAUCGGAUCCAGAACCCUUCCAAGGGUCUUCUCUGCAUCAACGAAUUGGAAUUUGGAGUCCCGCUCCAAUCGCCUAUGAUGAGCAUAUUCCGAGAGAAGUUGACACCCUCUUCAUUCCGGGACCUCAUCCUCGAAGCAAAGCGGUUCGGAGGUCCCGAGUCCGUCAAGGCCGGUCUUGUAGAUGGUGUGGGCGGGCUAGAAGAGGUUUUGACGCUUAUCCGGGAGCGUGGGCUACAGAAAAAAGCGGCCACUGGUAUUUAUGGGACCAUGAAAGAGGAAAUGUACCGUCAUUCGCUGGAUAUCUUGGAUGGACAUGCUGCCAAUCUGGCUUGGAGGGAACAGUUGGAAGACAAGAAGGACCGGGCGCAAAGGGGUAGUUUGAAAGCUGUUGAGGCAUUUGAGAAGCAGAGGAGUGCGAAGCUUUGAAUCUUCUUUGCUGAGAUUCAUUCUAUUCUGAUAGAGCGUGAAGCCAAGAUAUAGCCCUAUUUGUAUUUAUGUGCGCGGCUCCAUGCUUGUUAGAAUUUAAUUGUAUAUAGCUCCUCUAUUCGAAUAUUUGACACAUAGGAUGCUACUACUCAC